AAUCCGAGAGCACUCUUAAGCAUCAUGCACCACCAGCGAACGCUUACCCGGCUAUUCGGACGGCGAUUAACCCACAGGAAACCACCGCAAUAUGGGUCGAUACGUUCUGUUACGAGUACGGUUGACCAGGCGGAAAUUGCAAAGUUUGCCCGGGCGGCAGAUGACUGGUGGAAUCCAGGUGGCGAGUUUGCGAUGCUGCAUAGAAUGAAUCCGGUUCGCGUUGGCUAUGUGCGGGAUAUGCUGGAGCAUGUUGGCAAAGGAGAUGGGACUAGCGCGGCGAAACCAUUUACUGGCCUGCGCUUCUUGGAUAUUGGAUGUGGGGGCGGUUUGCUGUCCGAGGCGCUCGUCAGACUAGGGGCUACAGUAGUAGGCGCAGAUGCCGCUGAAGAAAACAUACAUAUGGCUAGAAUACACGCCGCACAGGACCCCACGCUGCAAUUCGGACGUGGGUCAUUCGAGUAUCGGCACACGACGGCUGAGCAGCUAGCGGAAGAUGGUGAAAAGUUUGACGCUGUAUGCGCUUUGGAAAUUAUUGAACAUGUGGUUGAUCCGCAAGAGUUCAUCCGCGUUUGCGGCCAGCUCGUCAAGCCCAACGGCCUUAUUUUCUGUUCCACUAUCAACCGCACCCCUACAUCCUAUCUGUUCACGAUCCUCUUAGCGGAACAUCUACUUAGAUGGGUACCACCAGGGACCCAUGAGCACGCUAAAUAUGUCACCCCAGAGGAGAUGCAGCGGUUUUUGACAGGCGCGGGAUGUGAGGUAUUGGAUAUCAAAGGAAUGUCAUUCAAUCCCGCAUCAAACCAGUGGAGCCUUUUGAGCGGCCGAGGAUUGGGAGAUCUGCAAAUGAACUAUAUUGUCAGCGCGCGGAAAAUGGUGGCUGAGGAACAAGUGCGGCCCGAGCCGGUUGAUAGUUCGGAAGGACAGGAGGGUAGUCGAUGACGGGCAGCAGUGGGGAGAGGCACAACUCAUUACACAUCCAAUCAAUAAUGCGUCACAAAUAUAAGACUUCGUCAGCCUAAACGCCUUCCCGCACCGAAACUUUUUAUUUCAUCAGUCACCACCAAAUCUCGCUUUCAAAGACUUCAACUUCUUUUCCUUCUUCCGUUGCUUAUAAAAUUCGAUAUCCUU